AUGGAUAUCCUUUCCCACUCUGGUUCUCUAACCCUUAGUGUGAUAUAUUUUUCCCCGUUGCAGAUUGUAUUCCGGAAGAUUAGUGACGUCAAGCGAGAAGAAGAAGAGAGGAUGAAAAGGAAGAACGAAGCCCCUUUAGUCUUGCCACCUGACCAUCCAGUCCGCCGGCUUUUUCAAAGAUUUAGGCAGCAGAAGGAGGCCCGGUUGGCUGCAGAAAGAGGCCGAGACGACUUGGAUGUGGAGAAAGGCAACAUUCUAGGAGACCACCCUUCGCGCACUGUGGUUAAAGCUAGCAUCGUCACCGUCAGGGAAAGCCCCGCAACGCCGAUCACCUACCAGUCUGCUUCAACAUCCGGGGUAUCCGACCAGGCCAAGCUUCAAGCCCCGGCCUCAGACUACGUAGGGGUGAAGGUGGCAGGAGACUUUCCGAAGCGCAAAGGCUGGGCAAAGUUCAAAGAUGCCUGUGCGAAGGGAGAAGACUGGAACAAAGUCUCCAAGGCAGAAUCCAUGGAGACGCUGCCAGAGAGGACGAAAGUGGUAGGGGAAGCCACUCUGAAGAAGACCGACUCUUGCGACAGCGGCAUCACGAAAAGCGACCUGCGCUUGGACAACGUGGGGGAGACGAGGAGUCCUCAGGACCGAAGUCCCGUCCUGGCAGAAGUCAAGCACUCGUUUUACCCCAUCCCCGAACAGACUCUUCAGGCCACGAUGCUGGAAGUGAAGCAUGAGCUGAAAGAGGACAUCAAAGCUUUAAACACAAAAAUAACGAACAUAGAAAAACAGCUUGCUGAGAUACUAAGGAUAUUAGCCUCUAGAAGAAGCUCGCAAUCACCACAGGAGUUGUACGAAAUAUCAAGGCCACAGUCUCCAGAAUCAGAAAAAGACCUUUUUGGAGCAAGCUGA